CUGUCCAAUUACAAUUUAAGUAAAUGACGAAAUCCAAGUACCAUUAAAAAAUACAGAUAGUAUACAUAUAUUUGCUUCCCAUAUAUAUGUAUUUUUGGCUGCAGAAGGAAUGACCUUAAGGUCAGAACACCUCACCAGACAGACUCGCUUGUCCUCUACUGCUCUCUAGUGGUGGCCUUCUUAAAGCACAUACCUUUUUAAAUUAUUUUCUGUCUCUAUUUUAGUUGUUUAAAUGCAAUGUUUUUCUCUCCUAGUAUUAAUUGUUGUGUGGAUAAAAAAAUUUCGACGAUGCUAAUGCAACAUAAUUCAACUGCGCUGAGCUGCAAAAAUUGGACAUCAAAUCCAUUGAGACAAACCUUGUGCCAUUCAUGGCACAGCACGGCAACAUCCUUGAUGGGCCAUUCAGAAAAUUAACUUUUGAAUUACUUAACCCAAAAUAUAAUUUAUAGAUACUAGUGGCAUUUUAAGUGUUAAAAUGUUACUUUUCUACAUAGAUUUCUAUAGUAAAAUGGCAAUACUUUACUUUGUACAUUUUAAAUGUUUAAACAUACGUAAAAGCUGUUACUUAUAAUUAAUUAAUUGUUUCUAGCCAGGGGAACCCAAGACACUAGAUUCAGAAAGUAAUCAUCUACCGUGUCAACACAUAGUGAUCACGUGAUUAAAGAAAACUCCCAUCAAUCAACAAGUGCAAUAAGUGAAAUACAGAUUACUUAAAUACUUUCUGGACACGUUUUUGUUGUAUUUUCUACCCUUUUAACAUUUACAUGCUCCUUUCAGGCCUUUAAACACACAGUUAAAAACACACAAAUACAUUUAAACAUGUAUUGUAAGAGCAAUGGACAACAAAAAUAUUGCACGGAGUGUAACAGUAUAACGAUCCCACUAAAGGUUGGGGUGGGUGUGCAAAAUCCUGCUUCUAACAGCGACCAGAGGAAAAGAUAAACAUAAAAAUGUCUGGCGUCAGAACAAGGACCAAAAACCAAGUGGUAUGGGCGAGAGUUUGGUGUUGCAACAUUUGUUGACUAUUUUUAUUGAGCCGUGUGACAAACAAAGCAUAAAAUUGCACAUUCUGAGCAAUGCAUGAAAAGUUGUGUGAUUUUACUGCUUCUUAUUCACAAUUACCCUGAUGUAAAAAAUGCUCUGUCAGCUUGGUUCUAGGCCCAUUUGUGACUGAACACAAUAAUAAUGACAGAUGGAUAAAGCAUCUGUUCAUCCUUGAGUCUCUACAAAGAUGUCUGCUCAGCAUCAUCGACACAAGUCCUCCUGAUGCUGCAAUGUUCAGGUGCACCAACCACAAUGAUCUGAAGUCGUCUCCUAAAUCACUGGAUUGUGCAGGUGUACCUAAUAUAAUGGCCAGUGAAUGCUCAUCCCAUGCACGACCAGAUCCUGGAAGUGGGUGUCGCUUCCAGUGGUCCCUCCCACCUAGUCUUUGGUUGUUGCCUGGCAACACCGAGUGCUGCUUUGGUGGCAACAUCCUGCAGGGGCUGACAUGAUAAGAGUCAGAUGCUCUGCUGCUCCAGGGAAUGCAGCACAACACUGAAAGGGUUAAAACAAGGGGGAGGAUGCCAAUUGACUCCACGCCAAUAGGUGGGAUGAGAGAGGAAAGAAAAGCAUAGAAGAUCUUAAAAAGAACAAGCGCAAUGCUGCGGGUAAGAAGAACUGUCAAGAUGAAUGUGGCUUCUCCUUAAACGAGGGCACACCACUUGGUCAGUGGACAGAACCCAAAUGGAGCAGAUAGCAGCUGGGAGGAUACCAAGAGACUUGGAAAGCCCUGUACUCCGACUCGGAAGCUUCAACCAUACAUUUCAGAGCGAGAACUUCUGCCAACUGUACCGUCGUCGACUCAGAAACGGACUCACGUACUCUGUCGUCACUCAGCCCAAACCUGAGAACGCUAUCACCAUAGCCGUGUCGUCGCGGGUGCUCUUCAGCAUGGAACGUGAGCAGCAGAUCUACGAGCGGCAAGGCAUGGAGGAGUAUCUCAAGUACCAGCUGGAGCAUGAAAGUGAGCCUUUCAGUCCUGGCCCUGCCUUCUCCUUUGUCAAGGCUCUGGAAGCUGUCAACAGCCGACUACGGGAGCUUUACCCACAGAGCGAGGAGCUGUUUGACGUGGUGCUCGUGACAAACAACCACGCAUACGUGGGCCUUCGCCUUAUCAACACCAUCAAUCAUCAUCAUUUAUUGAUCGAGCGCUUCUGCAUGACUGGAGGAAACAGUCCUAUAGGUUACUUGAAAGCUUACCACACAAACUUGUACCUUUCUGCUGACUCCACCAAGGUGCGAGAAGCAUUGCAAGAAGGUAUUGCAGCAGCCACCAUGUUCACCCCGGAGAAGAUGAAAGAAGUGUCGGACACUCAGCUUCGCGUGGCCUUUGACGGAGACGCUGUCCUUUUCUCAGAUGAGUCGGAACGCAUUUUCAAGGCCCACGGACUGGACAAGUUCUUUGAGCACGAGAAGGCUCACGAGAACAAACCUCUGGACCAUGGUCCACUGAAGGGAUUCCUGGAGGCUUUGGGAAAACUACAAAGGAAGUUUUUUGACAAGGGCCUACGCAUGGACUGCCCUAUCCGCACCUACCUGGUCACGGCUCGCAGUGCCGCCAGUUCCGGUACCAGAGCCUUAAAAACGCUUCGGUCGUGGGGUUUGGAGAUUGAUGAGGCACUCUUUCUAGCAGGAGCACCCAAAGGCCCCAUGCUAGAGAAGAUCAGGCCGCACCUUUUCUUUGACGAUCAGAUGUUUCACGUGGAAGGGGCGGCCGAGCUUGGCACCGUGGCCUGUCAUGUUCCCUACGGCAUUGCACAGAGACUUGCAAAGAAAUGACUCUGUUACCAGAUUGAUCAAGAAGCCCUAAAUAUAAUUAUGUAGAGGAAACUACUUAGGUAUAAUGGUGGAAAUGCUCUGAAAUGUAAAAAAAAAACAUUUAUGCUAAUGUCAAUUAAUAUCAUUACACUAAAACAAAAAAGCUAUUUUAUUUCCAGAAUUGUCUGUCUAUAAUGUUUGUCUAUCAUAAAUGUGUUAAAUAUCAGUUUUUAUAGUUUGAUUUUAACCUUGCACAUCGGUGACAUGCACUUGUGGUUGAUUAACUUAUGACAAAUCUAGAUGUUGUGAGAUUUAAAAAAGGUAUAUUCGUCUCAUUACAACAGAACAGUUUCCACAUC